AUGACGACGAUCCCGACACCGUCGAGUAUCUGCUACGUGCUGUCUACGGCAUUGGACUACACGCUGGAUCAAGACACUUCGGACACUAGAAGGUCAGGCCUCGUUCACGACGUGCUUAUGUUCUUCGUCGCCGGAAAGUAUCUUGUGCGGCUAUUGCAAGACCUUGCAGCGUCGCGCUCUGAGGAUUGUGUCGCAGACGACUGA